GAUUAAAUGGGGCAAAAGUACAUCUAUUCUAGUUAUGGAGUUAUGGUAUUAUAUAUAUGUUCGAAAACAACCACAGUUGUAAAAAUUUGAUUCUUGUUUAUUGAGCAAUUUAUCACAUGAACGUGAGUAAUACAGCAUCUUGUUUAUGUUUGUGAGACGACUUUCAACUAAAUUUUCACCAUGGACAAAAUUCAAGAUAUUUUGUUUCAAGAUGACAACAUAGAAAAUAAUCCACUACGAUGUGUUGUAUGCAGAAAUUUUUUAUCCAUACCUCCAAUCCUCCACGAUGAUACUUUCGGAACCAUUUGUGGGAGAGAAAAUUGUAACAAAUUUGCAACUUCCAAUAUUUCUUAUUAUCGACAGAGUGCCUAUGAAGCAUUAGCACGAUUUCUGGAUUUUCCUUGUAAGAAUAAAGAAAACGGAUGCCAAGAACGAUUACCAUGGGGCGAAAUAUUGGAACACGAAAAAAUUUGUGAGUUUGUAGGUUCACUACAUUGUCCCUUUUCAACCAACCAAUUCGAGCAUUUGGAUGAUGAGUUAUGUUACUGGACAGGAAACAUUGACAACUUAUUGGAUCAUUUGGAAGAAAUGCAUUCAACCCAUAAAUUUGAUGAUAUUUUAGAGUUUGAUUUCAAAAAUGAUUUAAAAAAUAAUCAAUUAUUUUAUUCAAGAAUUCAAGAGAGUAUUGUUAUUAUUUUAGUACUUGUUGAUAAAAAAUCGUAUUCUUAUUGUAGAGUAUGGUCAGGUCCUGAAAUUUGGAAGAAUCUGAAAUAUAAUAUGGAAAUUUCAACAGAAAAAAAUGAACUUCUUACUUCUUCAAAGAUACAAAAAGCUGGAUUAAUUAAUUCCUCAUUGUUUAAAAGUGUAAUUAACUGUAGCUGGCUAAAAAUAGAUUUUGAUUAUAUCAGGAAUUUCUACGAAUGUCCACAGUCUUGGACAAUUAAAUUAUAUUUCAAUGAUUUUGCAAUGGGUCCAGCAAAAGAAGUUCAUUGUAAUCCUUCAUUAUUGUUGUUGAAUAACGUCAAAUGUGAUAGUUGCAACCAGGAAUUGUGUUAUCCAAUGUUUGUUUGUAAAACUAAUAGUCAUUAUCUAUGUGAAAAAUGUGUACUUAAAAGCAAACCAAAAGAACCAGAUCAACAAUUUACAUAUGGAUUUCAUAACCAAAAACCAUCUAUUUUUGCAAAUCAGAAUCAACACCAACAAAUCUCUUAUGGAACAACUAAAAAUAUCGAGGAUAAUUUAUGUUGUUUGUGCACAACACCAAAUAACAAAGAAAUUUAUAGGAAUUUGGCUCUGGAUAAAUUAAAAUCUGCCGUUGAUCAAUCAUUUAAACAUUGCAAACUGUGUAUGAAAAAAGUUGAUUGUCUCUCUUCUCAUAUACACAUCAAUCACAAUGAAUCAAUUCACCAACUAAAUGAAUGCCACAGAAAUUUUUCUUCAGAACAUUAUGUUUUUUCUUUUGAUCAUAAUAUUUUUCUUCUAACCAAAAAGUACACAUCUGAAGGGCUUUCAUUCUCGGUACAGUGCUUAGAAACAAGAAAGAUUUUAUAUAAAUAUGAACUCAAGUUAAUGAAUUCUAAAACUUCGUAUUCUGCAAUCACCUUCAGUGAUUUUUGCCACCCUGAAUAUACUGACCUAAAUUCAUCACAUCUGACUCUUGUACCUUAUACUUUUUUGAGGAAAAUUCUCCCUUAUGUAAAUAAUAUUGACUUCAAAAUGAGUAUUUCUAAGAUUUGAAUUUGGUACUUGAAUAUUAGAACUAUAUUUAGAUAUGGAGCCAGAAUAUGCCUUAUAUUUUUUUCUUAUCAAUUUAUAAUUUUAGGAGUCCUUUUGAAAAUAUUUUUAUUGUGAAAUCUGAAUAUCAUUAUGUUUAGUUUGAGUUUCUGUACUGUAUACAUUGAAAUAAUAAAUGUAAUGUUAGAAUCA